GAAAGUUUACUUUGUCACCACCACCGUUGUUCUACGCGACCGAGCCUAAAAGCAGUUCAAAAUGGCUUUCGCAGGAUUCUUCCUUGACCCCCUGUUGUCGCUCUACCCUCCUCGAGCUUGUAUGCCUUCCAAUGCGAGCGGUUCCAGCUCUUCGGAGGAUACUUCAUCCUCCUCAUCUUCACCCUCAUCCUCGUCGUCGUCAUCGUCAUCCUCCUCUUCUUCUCCCCCCACUUCACAGAGAAAAACUCCGCCUCCAAAUGGGCCUGUUCUCAAACAACUGCGCUCCUCUGUGCAGAGCACCCCGCUCAGCAAUCACGCCCAAACCGUGAAUCCAGCUGCCAAUGCGGAUUAUCUUGUCGCAGAUUUCGAGCGGUACAUCAUAGAAGAUCUCAGAAACCGCGUUUUCAUGUCCGCCGACCAUUAUUUCACUAAUAUUCUCCAUCUUCCUCACGACUGGCGGACAAAUGACGACAUAAAAUCCGAAAUCAAAGCCCUCAAGGACAACGCUGUAUUCAAGAAUCGUGUAAAAACCUACGUUGCAUUAUGCAAUAAGCGCAAGCCUGGGGAAAAAGCAUUCUAUCAUCCCCAUAGCCUGAUGUGUAACAGCGCGUUCGACUUUCUCGGUGCCACUGAAGACUCUGCACUCGGAAUGUAUCGACAAGACGCGAAGCCAGUUGACGGCGGUUUGGAAAAGAACGUCCCUGACACCUUGGGUGUUCUUCGCGCCAUGUUCAACAGUUCCGGAAACGUGGUUGACAACAUGAAGGACAAAGGCCCAGAGUAUAACUUUUCGUGGGCACAAGCAAUGCAUUGGCAGGAAUUCAAGCCCAAGGCAUACUAUCUCGACGAGGGGACCGAUGCUAAGUACAGAGUUCUAACAGCUGGCAAGAAAGAUCCUCGGGGAAAAGUGCGGGGAAAAACCACUGUACAUCGAGACCCUGGGAGCAUCCUACCCCCCGUCAAGUCGCGCACGAGCUCCGCAUCGAACAAGCGUCGUUUGGAAGACGACACUCGUGUCCGGUCCAAGUAUCCACGCUCUGGAACGACGCCCGAAGUUUCGGAGGCCAGGAAACGGACAGAGCAAUCGGCGUCACUCAGUUCUGUAAAAGGGAGUGUGCCAGGGGAUAGAACAAAGAAAGAAGCAAAAGAAUCCCGAGCGCGACGUGCAGUCCGGCUCCAGUGUGGUCGUUAUGCCCUCGAGAUGCUAUCUAGCGCAGGUUUUCGGACGCACUGCAUUGGUGCUCUUGUUGCGGCAGGACGCAUACAACCCCUCUACUACGAUCGCUCCGUCAUCAUUGUGUGCAAACCAAUUGACAUGUUUAAAUCGCAUGGCAAGCGGCCGAAGACUAUCGAAGAGGUAGUGACGGAUGAGUUCGCGGCAAUGCUCAUCGGAUUGAGUCGCCUUACUCUGAAGCAGCGGGGCAUCCAAGAAGAAUUCUGCGAUGACAGAGCGCUCAUCGAGAAUCACAAGGUGUACGUGGGUAGGUGUGGCAACCCCAAGGACAAGGAGAAUUUCGACAAGACGGCUAUCUUCGUUGGGGUGAAGCUGAAGCUGAAGCUAGGUGAAGAUGAUAAGAAGGUUGAGGUCACGCUUGGCCGGGUUAUAUCGCGUCAGCCUGGGAUUGUCGGUCGGGAUACUUGUGUCGUUGAGGCGACAUCGGAGCACGAGGAGUGGAAGGGUAAAGAACUGGUCGUCAAGAUCAGUUGGCCUGCUGCCAGUCGAAGAUCAGAGGCAGAGUUUGUCAUUAAAGCCAGAGAGAAGUCGCGAUCCAUGCGGCAAGGGAAAAGGCCGGACUGGGCGCUAGACCAUUUACCCGACAUUCUUCUUUCUCAAGACUUCGGCAACGAUGCGGAUUCCACCCAAGCGAAUCUCGUGGCAUUUUUCGCAAAGGCUUUAUUCGCAGAUGAGGAAAAGUUCGAGUAUGAAAAACGCGUCUGCCGAGUCACCGUCCAGGAGAGGUUGUAUCCUCUCGAAGAAUUGCAGACGGUUGAAGAUUACGCUCAGGUCUUUUUCGAUAUUUUGCAGAUUCACAAAUGGCUGUAUGAUCACCCAGGAAUCCUUCACCGUGAUAUCAGUCCCGGGAAUAUUAUGUGGCGCCGAACUGUCGAUGGUCAUUUACGUGGAGUCCUCAACGACUUUGACUUGUCCUCCUACCGACAUGAGACUGGCCCUUCAUCGCGUCAGCGCACUGGUACGCUACCAUACAUGGCACAUGAGCUCCUGAUCAACGACGAAAAUGGGCAACCACCCAAGCACCUCUAUCGACACGAUGUCGAGUCCAUCUUCUACAUCAUCCUCCUUCUCUGUUGUCGUUACAAAGUCGAGGCUAAACAAGACCCCGCUGGAGGCUCAAUCCUGGAACGCACGCAAGUCCGUUCCUCAUUCGACAGCUGGUAUAAAGCCGGUCGUGAUGAUUUGAAUGACAAGAAAGGCAAUUUCAUAAUGUCACGUGGCUUUUCCGCAGUGAAUAGUGGUUUCACUGACUUUCGGCCUUGGUUAAGGGACCUUCGUCAACAAUUCAUGGAUGGGUUCUAUGAUCAGCAUUCACAUGCGCUACGCGAAGAAUGCGGAAAAGUCACGAAGCCCUUUGACGACGAAACUCUGCAGAACCACAUUACUUACUCGGUGGUCCUUAACAUUUGUGGUGAAUUUGCUGGUUCGCCCCUUGAAGUACACAAUGACCAGCCCGAAGAGGUUGCCUAGUAUGGGAUAAUCGUUGCUGAAUAUGUCCGUAGCAUUAUAUAUUUUUGUGGCCUACGUACUAGUUAUUCCUUGCUAUGCCUAACCGACGUGUAUACAAAUCAUCUGCAAGGCCUUGGAUCCAGAGAGAAUACUUGAUACUACAGUUCCAGCCCUGAUAUCAGCGUCUGUGAAAGGGCGUGGGACUUUUACUACCAGAAAGCAAAAUUUGCCUUCACUCUUCAGUCUCCAUAACGUACUUCCAUCUCAAACUUUGCUCUUUAU